GGCCUCCAAGCGGGACAAUGAACAUUUCGAAAGACUACAAGACCCAGAAUGCAUUGCAAUAUUUUUUCGACGUACGAUGGAAACCGAUGUCUCGUAGUUACUCCGGUGUGGUUUUGUAGUAGGUCUUUAUUUUCCUCUACGUUGCCGGCAGUUAUUGGCGCUAACUGAGGCGACGAGAGAAAUUGAACGACCUGCGUGUCGCUGAGGUGCAGUCUCUCUCGCCCCGGAAGGCGAAGGAGAGCGCGGAAGCGAAAGCGGGGCUGCUGUUGGGAGUGCCUCAGAUGGUCGGGAGGCGGAGGCGGAGAUUAACGUUGCCUCUCGGGAAGAGAGACUGGCCAGGUUGCCUAUCGGUUGGCGGCGGCCCGUCCGCAGUGGGCUUCCUGUUUUGGUCGGAUAACAGCAACUACGCUGCUCGGCUUCGUUUUCUGCUGUGGUCCCCUCAGGCAGAAGCCAACCAGGUUGAGAAGCAAAGGCAUGGGGUUUCCUCGCGUUUUUCCUUACCAUCUAGAAUAGUUUCCUAUUAAGAAGAGGUUCCAGGUGUAUUUUCUUUCGCUGUUUAUUGACUAAGCUGAAAUCCUUACAAGUAUUUCUUUCAUUCCCCGCACGAGUAGCCCGCCCACCAUUCCUUCCAAGAAGUUCAGGUUAUGUCACCAGAUGUGAUAGACGGUUUCCCCGCUUUAUCCUCACAACAUUUUGUGAGAUAAGUCAGAAGAAAAGAAAGUGGUGAUGCAUAUCCAGUCUCCUGAGGUUUCUUUCCUGCUCUUGCAAUGAUCAAAUGCUUGACUGAAGAAGUGCAAGCCAAAUUGCGCUCUGGAGUGGCCAUCGCUUCACUAGGCCAGUGUGCUGAGGAGCUUAUCUUGAACAGUAUAGAUGCUAAAGCAACAUGUGUGGCUGUUAGAGUUGAUUUGGAAACUUUAAAAGUCCAGGUAGUGGAUAAUGGCUGUGGUAUAGCAAGAGAAGAUCUCAACAAAGUGGGGAAUAGGUAUUUUACUAGUAAAUGUUGCUCUUUGAAAGACCUAGAAAAUCUGAAGUGCUAUGGUUUCCGUGGGGAGGCUUUGGCCAGCAUUGCAAGCAUGGCAAGCUUACUGGAAAUAUCAUCUAAGACUAGCAAAACAUCAAAAACCUUCUUGAAAAUGUUUCAUAAUGGAAAAGGACUGGAAGUCUCAGAAGCAGAAUUGAAUAGACCAAGUCCUGGAACAACUGUGACUGUGUGUAAUUUAUUCCACCAUUUACCUGUGAGGAGAAAAUGCAUGGAUUCUUUACUGGAAUUAGAAAGAAUGAGGCAUAAAGUAGAAGCCAUUUCACUUGUUCACCCCUCUGUCUCCUUUUCUUUAAGGAAUGAUACUUCCUGUUCAGUGGUGCUUCAGCUGUCCAAGACAAAAGAUAUUUGUUCCCGGUUUUCUCAGAUUUAUGGUCUAGGUAAAUCACAGAAAUUACGAGAAAUAAAUUAUAAGUUUGGAGGAUUUGAAAUAAGUGGUUUUAUCAGUUCUGAGGGGCAUUACAAUAAGAAUAUUCAGUUUUUAUUUGUGAAUAAUAGGAUAGUAUUAAGAACAAGAUUGCACAAACUCAUUGACUUUUUAUUAAGAAAACAAAGUGUUAUAUGCAAAACAAAAAGUGGAUCUUCAAAUUCAAGUCCAGCUCGCCACCGCUCUGGCCCAGAGCUCUAUGGAAUCUUUAUUAUAAAUGUGAAGUGUCGGUAUGAUGAUUAUGAUGUAUGCUUGGAACCUGCAAAAACUCUUAUAGAAUUUCGUGAUUGGGCUACUCUCUUAACUUGUGUUGAAGAAGGAGUAAAGGAAUUCUUAAAGCGAGAACAACUAUUUAUUGAACUGUGUAGUGAAGAUAUUAAAGAAUUUAAUGAACAGAAUAACUUUUGUUUGGCUAGCUCUGUAGCUUUAACAUCUUCUCUCACAGAAGAGAAGGGCAUGCAGGAGAAUUUUAAGAAAGCUUGUGAUAAUAUUAUGGAUUCUUAUGAAAUGUUUAAUCUGCAAUCAAAGUCAGUUAGAAGGAAAAUAACUCUUGUGGAGGCAUCAGAUCACACUGAACCUAUUAGCAAUGUGGAAAGAACUGAUGUUUGCUUAGAUUUAACUGGUACUGAACCUACUCAUGAACUUGGAAGUAAUAAAAUAGAGAAUCUUUUGUCCAGCAAAAAUGACACCACUUAUGAAUUCCCCAAAUUGGAUAACCUACAGCAAGAGGCAAGUGUGCCUGUUAACCAACAGACUGAAUCAAAUAAUUCCAAGUGUCCAUGUGGUGAGCAGAACAGGUCAAUUGUGUUAGAAACAAACAAACAACCGGAUAGUUUGUUUCAUAUUAAGGAAUGUGAUAAAGAUACCAGGAGUCAACACGAAAGAGUACUUCAGCAAAGUAGCUUGAACAUUGUGGGUCUGGGACAUGCUGGAACUAUGGAAGAUGUCAACCAAUUCAACUGUGAAUUUCGUUUUGCAGAUUAUUUGAAGGAAAAAUACAAGACAGUGAAAGAAGGCAGGGAACCUUCUGUAGUGUCAAAUACGGAUGGCAAAGAAGUAGUGGGGCAACUCCCACUGAAGUUGUGUUCCACGGGCCUCCUAACAUGCUGGAGGCAAAAUCAGCCACCCCAUAAAACAACAGAAGUAAACAAUCAAUUAAUCAGCCUGCCUAAAUUAGGUCCAGUAAGUGCAAAUGAUAUAUUUGGAAAAAGGUUGGAUUUUUUAGGUCAGACUCAAAAUUCUGAAGAAUGUUUAAGAAUAACAAAUGAAAGCAUAUCCACAGCAAUUACAGAUGGGCCUGAGAUGAGGAAUGUGUCAUGUCGGAAGAAUUGGGUAGCUUCAGUUCCAGCAAAUGAUAGUAUGGACUUUGUGGCAUCACAUGUUAAAGAAUUAAUUCCUGCAGCUUCUUCAGGUUCUAUUCAUCUAGACAGUGCACCCCACAGUAGAGAAAUGGCUGAACCUUCAGUUAGACCUAGAUCUUGUUGCUUAAAAAAAUUAAGCUUGUAUCAAAAGCUGGGCUCGUUAGAUAGAUUCAGGAGACAUUAUGGGAACUUAAAGAGUUCUUCAUCAAAAGCUGCUCUUGAAAAGAAGCAUGCAGUUGAAAUACCACUUGGUGGCAGCUCUCUUACUGAUGACCACACAGAUCUUCAGAAUCCUUGUAUUCAUGGAAUACCAGCUGCAUCUAAUAUUACCUGUAAUUCUCCAUUUUCUUUAGAAAAGUCACAGCAGUCCAUGGAAAGAAGUCUGUUAAACAGAGAAGCUUUUAAUGUAAGUCCUCUGACACUGGCAGAUUACUCACAAAUAAAAAAAAACUCUCUCUCUCAAACUCAGUUCACAGGAACACUUGCCUCUAAAUUGUCUAGAAUGAAGGGAAACCUUGAAGAUGUUUUAAAUAGAGAACCUGUAGAGCAACCAUUAAAACAACCCCAAGUGUGUUUAAGUCAGAAGGAUAAAGAAAAAAAUAAACUCACUUGUGAGAAAGAAUGUUUACUUCAAGUUUCUGCAAGAAAAGAAGUGACAGGGCAUCACUAUUUUGCCUCACCUUCUGGUGAGCAGGGUACUACCAUGGGACUCUCGAGUACAAGAACAGAGGAUGUUGAGCAUACUGUUAACCAUUGUUUCAUUGAUAGUGAUGGAGAAUAUGUAGUCCCCCAAAAUAGAAAUGUAGCUUUGUUCAAUAAAGAGGGGAAUUCUGAAGGUUCAAGUGAAACUACUGGCAUUAUGAAUGGAUCAGCAAAACAAGAUAUGAAAGCCUGUGAAUGUCAGAAUGUGAGUUUGUCUGGUAACUUAAAAGUCACAGAUGAAUCCAGUGCAAUUGUGAAUGAGGAAAAGCAACCACAUUCUUCAUCUGAGUGGUUGCUCCAGUUUGAUGCCUCUUUGGGCAGGACAGUGUAUAUCAAUCAAAUGACUGGACUGAGCACAUAUUGUGCUCCAAGUGAGGAACCUCAGGCUCUAUGUAUUAAAGACAUAAGCACAAUGUCUGUAAACGUCAUAGAGAAUGGAUUUCAGUGCAGAUGUCACCCCUUUAGAAGUGACCUUAUUGUGCCCUUUCUUCCAAGACCUCAGAAAGAGAGACAUUUGGGAAGCCAGGAUUUCACAGAGAGUCAAGGAAAAUCUCUCCAGAGCUUAUUUUCAGAAUGGGACAAUCCUGUGUUUGCUCACUGUCCAGAGAUUGCUGUUGAUGUGAGCAGUGGGCAGGCUGACAGUCUUGCUGUGAAAAUCCAUAACAUUCUGUAUCCGUACCGGUUCACCAAGAACAUGAUUGAUUCGAUGCAGGUGCUUAAUCAAGUGGACAACAAAUUUAUUGCUUGUUUAAUCGACACUAGAGCAGACAAGAGUGAAAAGGCAGUUUCAGGUGGAAACCUUCUUGUGCUGGUUGAUCAACAUGCAGCCCAUGAGCGUGUCCGCCUUGAGCAGCUUAUCUCAGAUUUGUAUGAAAAGCAGCCAGAAGCAUUGGGCAAGAAGAAAUUGUUGGCCUCCAUUGUUCAUCCCCCACUAGAGAUUGAGAUCACAGAGGAUCAGAGGAGACUUUUGCGAUGCUGCCGCAAAGGUCUGGAGGACUUAGGCCUUGAAUUAUUCUUUCCAGAGAACAAUCUCUCUCAGGUUCUCGUUGGGAAAGUGCCACUGUGCUUUGUGGAAAGAGAAGCCAAUGAAUUGCGCCGUGGAAGGCAGACAGUGGCUAAGGGCAUUGUGCAGGACUUAAUUCAAGAACAAAUUGAGCUACUACAAGCAACAGGUGGGGCACAAGGGACUUUGCCACUAACAAUUCAGAAGGUCCUGGCUUCCCAGGCUUGCCAUGGUGCUAUUAAAUUCAAUUACAGCUUGACUUUGGAAGAGAGCUGCCAUCUCAUGGAAUCUUUGUCAUGUUGUCAGUUACCCUUCCAGUGCGCUCAUGGAAGACCCUCCAUGCUGCCUCUUGCAGAUAUAGACCAUCUGUGGCAGGAGACUGAGUGCAAACCCAAUUUGCCUAAACUAAGGAGAAUGGCUAAAGCUUGGCAAUUAUUUCAGAAGGAAAAGGACUCUUCUGUGGAAGUAUAAGUUGCAGCUCAGAACUGCAGUGAAUCCCGGUGCUACCUAACACGUUGGUUUUGGGCUAAGCAUGUCCAAAAGGUCCCUCACAAUUUGCUGUGAAAGGGCAGCAACAAAAGGAACUCUGAUGCUCUGAAAGCAGGGGCAAGUACUUAUUUAAUUCUUAGUUCUUAGCCAGGAUCUAAGAAUUCUUCUCCGAGGAAAUGCAGAACGAUUCAACUUGCACUAGAACUAGAAGCGCUUUGGAAAUGCUGUUCUGAAAUCUGUUGUUUUAAACCAACCUCAUAACUUCCAAGAAACCAGAAGUGAGGAACAGCUGUAUGUAGGUAAAAUUGAUUCACAUGGGUAUAAUAUUUAACUGCUAUUUAAAUCAAAUUAUUUGAAUGCCUAUCAUUUUUAUAUCAGCUUGGAAUAUAAAUUAUAUUUAAAUGUGAUUUACAUUUGGGAAAUUGUAACACAAAGUAGUGCUACAUCCUGGA